CGCAGUCUUCAGUUGAGAUCGCGCCUUCGAGCGAAGCGGUUGUUUUUGAUCCGGCGGAAGCGAAACGAACCCUCAGAUACAAGAUACAAAAUAAAUUAUAAAGCGCGCUCCAAUCCGAAAGGACUGUGAAAUUAUGUGCUAGAGUGUGCCGAUGUCUACAGCUCAUCAAAUAAUUUAUGCGAACCAAUUUGGCGCGGCGGUUGGCGAGUGAUCUUGACUUUGUUUACGAAACGCUGCAAGUUGCAGUGGAUUUUCUCGAUGCAACUUGGCCGCUGUCUCUGACAUUUGAUCUUUGCAAAGAUCACAUCGCACUGAAUCACCUCGCAUCGGAUCGGAUGUGUGAAGAGAGGUCCGCGACCAUAUGGAAUAUAUUUUAGCACACCACCUACGGCGACAAUUAGUUUGUACAAUUUAAGACUCCGUCAACGACGCGGGCGAAGUUUUAAGCUCUCCAUCGACCGAACACCACCACCCAUCCCCCACUUUCCCCCACUUUGGAUCAAAGGAGAACAAUCGGCGAAAUGUUGGCGCAAAUUACCCCAACGCAUUCGCGACUUUUGGCCCUGGCUUUGUUCUGCUCAGCUUUAUUUUUGGCCAGUGAGGCUCAAAAUGCCAUCCAAGCAACGAAUCCUGCCUCGCCUCUGAUGCAGAAGACAUCCUUCUCCUGCUCCGGUCGUCCUGCUGGUUACUAUGCGGAUGUGGAGACGGGCUGCCAGGUGUAUCACAUGUGCGAUGGUUUGGGUCGCCAGUUCAGCUACACAUGUCCAAACACCACACUCUUCCAACAGCGAAUGCUCAUCUGCGACCACUGGUACAUGGUCAACUGCUCCAAGGCGGAGAGCAACUACGCCGCCAAUCUCCUAAUUGGUCAACGGGACAAACCUUUUGUAAACGAUGAGGAAAAUAGCUUGCGUACUCCCAGACCAGAUCUUCUGGAUCGUCCUUAUGCCCCUGACUAUUCCGGCGAGUCCUUUAGAAGCCAAUACAAGCAGCUUACUUCCAAUCAGAAUCAGAUACGCGAUGAUUCCUUAAAGGGUGUUGGAUCCGGCAAAUUUGAUCCCCAGUCAACGCAGACGCGCUGGCGGAUUCCUCCUCCCAGUCGAACGAUUCUGCCACCAGCUUAUGAACCACAAAUCGAGCUGCCCAGUAGCACUCCAAAGCCCAGGAUAAGCACCACCUCUCGAGCAACAACCACAACUAGACCGACAACCACUACUCGUGCUACCACCACCACCACAACCACCACCACCAGGAGGCCCACGAUUACCACCAGGCGAACAGAGGCCUUGCUCAACCGAAGACCCAUUUUCCAGGCUUUGGAUCAGGAUUCAGAUGAUCUGGGAACGAGUCACAGCACUCGGUACAACACCUCUGCGGAUUUCAAUUCAGCGGAGUCGCCAAUCAGGAAACCAUCUAGCACCAAGUUGACGAAGUUCGUCAAACCACCAUCGAAGAUAUACGAACCACCUUUUGUGUAUCCCAUUUAUAACCUGGAGGAGCCGCAGACCCAGAACGCAGGAGUAUCCUCCACCCUGCGCACCUCCACGGCGGCUCCUUUUAGUCCGGUUCGAUCGGAACCUAGCACCACCACCACACCGAGGCCACUGAGUCGUCCGACGACCGUGGCCGGCGUGCCCUUCUCCUUCGCCACACAACCAACCACGGUGACCACAGUGGGAGUACCGCCACGUAGCGAUAAUCGAACCCCGGCUCCGGCACAAAGUUUCCGCCUGGCCACGCCCACUAGCACGACGGCCCCUCCACCACCCGCGGCACAGAUGCCCUUCAACGAUUUGCUGCCGCCGUUCGUGGACUUUGUGCCGCAUGAUAUAGCCACCACCCAGGGACCACCCAUCUACUACGAGUGGAAGGUGCCCUCCAACGGCCUUGAGCCACCCAAGUUGGACCCACCAAUUGGCGUGGAUGGAAGGGAGUACCCGGAGACCACCGGGGACUACGGAGUGACCGGCAAGCAAGAUGUCUUCAACACGCGGCUUAACGAUAUUGGAAGCCAUCAGAAGAAGCCGGUCCAGCAAUCGAGCACCAGCCAUCGACUGGCCAUCUCGAGAUCCAUCAAGGCCAAGGAGGAGGAGCAGCUGGAAAAGGAUCAAGCUCAGCGGCGAUCCGAUGUGGUGCCAGCCAGCUCCACGGAUAUCAGCCACCUGCGGAAGCAGCUGCUCAUUCCGGAGUACGCCUUUCCACUGGAAACCAUCGGGCGAACGGGUUACGGUCCCGGCGGAGGAGCAGGAGUGGCGGGAGGAGCGGGGGUAUCUGGUGCCAGCAGCGGAGAUCUGUACAACUCCUUCCAGCUGAAGAUACCCGAGCAGCGAGCCAAGUGGUUCGGCGAGAACCCCAAGUGCCCGGAGUGCCAUCCAUCGUUCGUCCUGCCGGGAACUUGCGAGCCCUGUCUGCGCAGGUAGUCCCGCCUACAACCCCAACUCCACCUUCACUCCCACUUCCGCACUCGUCCGCCCCAUUCCGCCCAUCAGACGCCUCCAUUAUCCGCACCUGCAUCCGCAUCUGCUCCUAGCCCUAGUAUUAGCCUCCGACGAGAUUCCCCGGAGAGAAGCAUCUACCGCGCAUUUAAGUGUUAAUGUUAUUGUAUAUCCGCAGAUUAAUUAUUAAACUACACAAAAUAUCUUGUGAA